UGACUUUCCAAGAGCCUAACUCCACGGUCAGGUCAUUUUUGAUGUUACUUCACUUUUAUUGAUCGGUUUGUCUUUUUCAUCCUCGCUUUGCUCACUCUCUCUCUCUCUCUCCCCCAUUUUUUUCUGUAGCCGUAGGAUCCUGCCGUCCCGAGGGAAGUGUAUGUCAGAUGGUGGUGGCACAGGCUCUCUAAACUGAACUAUGGCCGCUCUCUGUUGUUCUGAGGCUAACGGCAUCUCUCCUAGCUGCUUGACGUCAUAAGCACUUAAAUUUAUAGCUUAUGAAUCAUAAAGAUUUAUAGCCGUAAGGCUGUGUUCAUAGAAAGAGGAAUUAAGAAGGCCUGCAUCUACUUCAACUGCUUCAUCCCAAAAGAGAAUUGGAACUGGAUUUGACACGGGUGACUGGAUAAGCAGAAAGACAGAGAUUCAUGAUUGUGUGUUGAUUUACAGCAGCCAUCUUGACUAGCCCUGUAAAAUGCAUCCAAAUUCAGCAGAGAGCAGUCAGAUACUCCCACUGCACUAGAGAGACUAAAAACACCAGGAACAAGCCCAUCCUCGCGCCUCCCUUCCUGAACGAGGUCCUUAAAUGACCCACGACCACUAAGGUGCUUGCGCUUUCCCCGUCCGGAUCAUGGCAUGCGCCCCAUCCCGGACUUCCACACGCGCGGCGCCGAGGCUCGAGAGCAGUGAACAUGGGAAUCAGGUCCAGAAAUGCCACUAACGGUGCCGAGGACCCGCGAGAGCGGAAGAGCGCGCUGGCCGGAGACCUGGAGCAGUGCGCCGGGCAGGAACGGGACGGCGCGCUGCUGCUCGUCGGCUCGGGGAGGGAACCGGACUUCAAACGGGGCUCGCAGAACAUCGGUCUGCUCGCUAAGACGCCCCUGGGCUACACGCGUCCCGUGAAGAGGAAUAAUAUCAGGAAGCGACGGAUACAGAAUCUCAUCUACGACGCGCUCGAGAGACCACGAGGAUGGGCGCUGCUCUACCACGCGUUUGUGUUUCUGAUUGUGUUGGGAUGCCUGAUUCUCUCCAUUUUAACAACGUUCAAAGAGCACGAGAGAGUAUCGGCUCACUGGCUGGUGAUUCUAGAGACAUUUACAAUCUUUAUUUUUGGAGGCGAGUUUGCAUUGAGGAUAUGGGCCGCUGGCUGCUGCUGUCGAUACAAGGGCUGGAGAGGACGGCUCAAAUUUGCCCGCAAACCGCUGUGUGUCCUGGAUAUCUUUGUACUGAUUGCUUCGGUGCCGGUCGUUGCCGUACGAAACCAGGGAAAUGUGUUGGCCACGUCGCUGCGCAGUCUGCGUUUCCUACAGAUCCUUCGGAUGCUACGAAUGGACCGCCGCGGAGGCACCUGGAAACUGCUGGGAUCUGCAAUAUACACACACAGCAAGGAGCUGAUCACAGCGUGGUACAUUGGCUUCCUGUCAUUGAUCCUGGCUUCCUUCCUGGUGUACCUGGUUGAGAAGGAUGAUGUCACCAUGGAGCUAACAGACACAGAGAGCCCCUCCCCAACGCCACCCCCGCAGGACUUUGACACCUAUGCAGACGCCCUCUGGUGGGGACUGAUCACCUUGACAACCAUCGGUUAUGGUGACAAGACCCCAAAGACGUGGGCAGGGCGUCUUUUGGCUGGGACCUUCGCUCUUAUCGGUGUGUCGUUUUUUGCUCUUCCAGCCGGUAUUCUUGGUUCUGGGUUGGCUCUUAAGGUUCAGGAACAGCACAGGCAGAAACACUUUGAGAAACGCAGAAAUCCUGCAGCUUCAUUAAUACAGGCUGCAUGGAGAUACUACUCCACCAACCCCGUCAGAGAUGAUCUCAUUGCCACAUGGAGAUUCUAUGAGACUGUGAUCUCUCUGCCAUGCUUCAGGAAGGAACCUCUUGAGGUUAUGGCUAGUCAGAAGUUGAGUUUGUUGGAACGUGUGCGGCUGUCGACUCCGAGACCGUCGACGGUAAGGGCCCGUGUGAUGAUGCCUGCUGCCAAUCCUGAAAGUGUGUCAGGGAACUGCGGGCCAGCGGAGGCUGUUGAGGAGAGUCCAUCAAAAGAAGGCAAACCAGCAGGGUUCAGUAACAGAGAGAGAUUCAGAACAGCUUUCAGAAUGAAGGCCUACGCCCUGAGACAGAGCUCAGAGGAUACAGGUGGUCUGCCUGACCCCACUCCAGAGGAGAAGGGCUUCCCACCGGACAUACUGCUGGAAGAGAUGAUUCCAACUCUCAAAUUAGUCAUAAGAGCACUGCGGAUCAUAAUAUUCCUGCUGAGUAAGAAGCGUUUUAAGGAGACUCUGAGGCCGUAUGAUGUAAAGGACGUGAUUGAGCAGUAUUCUGCAGGACACUUAGACAUGCUCACCAGAAUCAAAUAUCUACAGACACGACUAGAUCUGAUACUGACACCAGGACCGCCUCUCACUCCAAAACACAAGAAACCCCAGAAAGCACCAUUUCCGUACCCCACCCAGCAGUCACCUAGACACGAGUCAUAUCUUGCCAAAGCAAGCCUGCCAGAUCCCGAAGACCAAAGCAUGAUGGGUAGAUUUGUGCGGGUUGAAAGACAGGUGGAAGACAUGGAGAAGAAACUGGAUUUCCUGGUGGAUAUGCAUAUGCAACAUGACCUUACAGGCCCCGGCCCCAUGACCAUGGAGCGCUGCGACCCCACGUUGACUGUCAGCGUCGCAGGCGACCGCGUGUACUGCAGCUACGGCCCGCCGAUGCACAACACACCGGCUUACACGCGCUCCGACGCGAACCCGCCGAGACCGACCGUCCUGCCCAUCAGCCCACUGCCAAGCCACUCCCCGUCCUCCAACGUCAGCCAAUCGGGAGGCCGCAGAGUGGGAACGCCGCUGUCGCUAUUGUCGGUCACUCAUGAGGAGCUGGAACGUUCGCCCAGCGGAUUCAGCAUCUCCGCCGAGAAAGAGGAGGUCACGGGCAAGGCCUCGGGGUUAACGGCGGGGUCGAGCUGGGGCCGCGACCGCCGAUACUUAGCCGAGGGCGAGACGGAUACGGACACUGAUCCCUUUACCCCCAGCGGACCUGUUCCACCCUCGUCCACCGGAGACGGGUUCCACUCCGACGGAGCGUGGGGAACACCACCCUAAAGACGCACUCACACACACUCACUCUUUAUAAAGACUAUAGACUUUGUACAGCACAAAACGACACAUAAAGACACUGACAUAAUACUCGUCAUACCUAAAUAUGUAUCCACAUCACGCUUUACCCCCGCAAAGCAAAGAGCACUGCAUGGAAUGCAUGCGUUUUAUCUCUAGUGGUAGACACUGCACUUGGCAGAUCGAGACUGUGUGGUUAUAUUUGACUGGGAACUUUAAAGGAGGAGAACACAACAGAUGCUAUGCCAUUUUUGUAAACAUUUAUUUUUCUAUUUACACAUCUUUUCGUAUGCAUGGACUGCAUGACUCAUCCACGGAGCAGCUAAAUGUAUCAGUGUCUCCUCUGGUUUGCACUUGCUUUCGUUUUGAACACUUCGGUUUGAGGAAGCUCGUUUUUAGUUCCUUUUGCAGAUUGUACAAACCUUUUUACUCUGGUCAGCAUGAACUGCACUCUGGGACAUCUCAUGUUUUUUGCCGAAUGCACAUCACCACUAGCCGUUUAAGGACCAAAAGCAGAGCCUCAGUUAGGAAUUCCUCAAGUGUCUGGCCUUAAUCCAACCAAUGAGCACAUCCCGUCUGUGAGCGGCACGUAAAACUGCCGGCUCAACUGUACCGUGGAAUCAACGUUCCCAUGGUAGUUACAGCUUCCUUGCGGUAACCCUACAUCAAUCACACGGAUCAUUCCAGGGUUAUCGAGGGCUUGUAGUCACUCAGAUGACUGUGGGAAAUUAUCAAACUUUACCCUUAGACAGCAGAAUUAUUUUUAACAUUGUCCUGUUUACCUAUCAAAUUAGAGUAAGUAAUAGUUACACUUACUGAAUGUUUUACUCUAAAACAAAUACUUAGGUCUUCCAAAAGGUUUCACAUUGAACAGAUCCUGCGUAAAUUCACAGAAUUUACUGUCUGUUUUGUUAAAAUCAAUUUAGUUUGAAAAAAGUUAUUUCCCAAAAUUAUUUUAGUAUCAUUUAACAUAGAUACUAUUAUAGUUUUUAUUAUUAUUUUGAAUUUAGUUUUUUUUUUUACUGUUUUAUUUUUUGUGAUUUUUUGCAUUUAUGUUCUUUUUUUUAAAUUUGUGAUUUCUUUUUAUUUUUUUUUAGUACAAGUUAAACUGAAUAAAAAUAACAUCCCCAUCCAAUUAUUUUAUUUAUUUUAGUCCACAAUGUCGAAAUUUAAUAUCAUUAGCUAUUAAAAAUGAAGAUAAAAUUUAGAGUUUUUUUUUACUAUUUUUAUUUUUUGUGAUUUUUGUCUUUUAUGUUCUUUUUUAAUUUGUGAUUUUUUUUAGUACAUGUUAAACUGAAUAAAAAUAACAUCCCCUUACUUUUAACAACCAAUUAUUUUAUUUACUUUACAGUUCACAAUAUCGAAAUUUAAUAUCAUUAGCUAUCAAAAAUGAAGAUAAAAUUUUGAGUUUUUUUUACUGUUUUUAUUUUUUGUGAUUUUUGUCAUUUAUUUUCUUUUUUUAAUUUGUGAUUUUUUAUGUUAAUUUUUUAGUACAAGUUAAACUGAAUAAAAAUAACAUCCCCUUCCCUUUAAUACCCAAUUAUUUUAUUUAUUUUAAAGUUCACAAUGUCAAAAUUUAUUAUCAUUAGCUAUCAAAAAUGAAAAUAAAAUUUAGUGUUUUUUUACUGUUUUUAUUUUUUUAUUUUUGUCAGUUAUGUUUUUUUUUUUAUUUAAAUUUUUUAGUACAAGUUAAACUGAAUAAAAAUAACAUCCCCUUCCUUUUAAUAUCCAAUUACUUUAUUUAUUUUACAGUUCACAAUGUCGAAAUUUAAUAUCAUUAGCUAUCAAAAAUGAAGAUAAAAUUUAGAGGGUUUUUUUAGUUUUUAUUUUUUGUGAUUUUUGUCAUUUGUUCUUUUUUUAAUUUGUGAAUUUUUAAUUUUAUUUUUUUUAGUACAAGUUAAACUGAAUGAAAAUAACAUCCCAUUCCCUUUAAUAUCCAAUUAUUUUAUUUAUUUUACAGUUCACAAUGUCGAAAUUUAUUAUCACUGGCUAUCAAAAAUCGAGAUAAUACUUAAUAUCAAGAUUCAAUUUAAAAUUCAUUAAUCUGAGGAUCAAGCCAUUUGUCAAGUCCUGUGUGAAUUAAGUGUAAAGUUGAACAGCUGGUUGUGUUGUUCCAGUCAGUGUUGUCAUAAUGUCCGUCUUCGUCGUUUAACAUCGUUUUACUCACCAUCUCAGUCUCCUGGAUGAGCAAUUUUGACUCAAGGGACUUGAUGCUCAGUAAAUCUCUAUAAAUUGCACAAAUCAAAUUUUGCAACAUGCAUUUAGGGUUUGGGAUUAUUAGUACUAAUAUUAGUACUAAUAUCUUUAUACCUGUAACAAUAAAGACUAUGAAUUCUAAAAACGAAAGCCAUAAUAUGGAAAUUAACAAUUACUCUUCCCUAUUAUUAUUUAUUUUAUUGAUAAUUUUAACCUUUUUUCUCUUUCUUUGUCUUUUCCAUUCUUUCCUUAUAACUAGGGUUAUGAUGAGGUCAAGGUAGUCAUAUGAGUUUUAGUAUGAUGUUUGAUGCUUAAAGUGAUAGUUCUCCUACUAAAAACAUUUUUCCUUCUGUGGACACAAAAGAUGAUAUUUUGUCUAAAAGAAGAAUGUUUUUGUCGGUUUUGUCAAUGGGAUCCAAAACACAGAGACAUUUUUCAAACUAACUUCUUUUGUGCUCUGCAGACGAAAGUCAGACAUGAGGGUUGAGUAAGUGAUGACAGAAUUUUCUUUUUUGGGUGAACUAUCCCUAUAACCAUCCUAUAAUCCUGCGAUCACGUGACUAAACAUUGCCGCUCUUCAUCAUCUCAGACUAAACACUGUUAAGCCCAAAUAUCCAUGAUCUCAAACUAAAUACUGUUGUCAUUAUCCCAGAAUAAACACUACAAUCAACCUUUUAUUUCAAACUAGUCACUAAGCACAGAUGUCCAAACACUGUUGUCCAUUACUAUCCUCAACUGAACCAGCUAAACUAAAUAUCAGUCCAAUAAAAUGGCCCUUUAUUAUCUUUAUACAUUUUAUUUUGGACUAAAAGCUGACUAAAAUGAUUAUCUCAGACCAAACAACUGCCUGUUAUUAUUCACAUGCUGUCUGAAAGUAACAACUGCUAUCUGAUUUUCUCUCCGACUACUGACUGCUGAUGUACACAGAUACACUGCUGUUUAUUGUUUGUGCCUUGGCCUUUUAGAGCACCUGUCCCUCUCUGCCGGUCAUUACGUUCUCUUCAUCGUGAAUCAAACCUGCCAUCAUUUUGCUUUUUAGGCCAUCCAUAAUCGUUUUGCUUUCGGUGGUAUCAGUAAAGCAUCUGUUCAUUUUCCUAGGAACUAUUCGGUUGUGUAUUUUCCUUUCAAAGACCCGACAAAUGAUGUUUCAGUUCUCUUCUUUUUGGUUUCAGAUGAAAUGAUUUCACACUAGUGGCCUUCUAAGCUCUUAUAUUCAUUCCAGUUUUUGAAUAAUAAUCUUUAUUUACAUUCUGGUCAAGGCCAGUUUUAAUAGUUUAAUUUGAUGAGAUAAUAUGCAAAUGUUAUGACAAACUUGAUUUUUUAUGUUAAAUCUUCAAAUUGCACCAGUUAGUAAUAAAGAUAUAUUAAAAUAAACAUUGCAGUUUGU